AUGGCGUCGCCAGCGAUGCUGCCGUCGUUACCAGACGACUUGAUCUCCGAAAUACUCUCAUGGGUGCUGGUCAAGUCCGCGUGCAGAUUCUGCUGCGUGUCCAGGGGGUGGCACGCCCUCAUCUCCGGGCCGGCGUUCGUCGCCACGCACAGGUCCCGCACCGACCCGCAGCUUCUCCUCCUCGCCACCAGCUACCACCACAAGGAACACGGCCGCAGAAGCUACGACCUACAAUUGCUGGACGUGGAUGGUGAGGUCGUGCGAGUGAACAAGAGCGUAGGCGCCUUUUGGACCAUCUGCUACGGUCGUGACGACGCCCUAGUCUGUGUCACCUUCGGUUUCUGCAAGCCCCGGGACUUUCUUGUGGCCAAUGUGAUCAAUCCGGCGACCGGAAGUGUGCUCGUGAAAACCACGGAGUUGGAUGAUGGAGCAUCCUACGACGUCUACAUGGGGGACUUCACCGUUGGUUGUGCGGCCCCGUCUGGCGCGUACAAGGUGGUACGCCUCAUGGGCAACGAUCCUCAUCGGCCUUGGAAGGUUCUCACCUUGGGAGAUGGUGCCAAGUGGAGGCAGGUGGGGUUUCCCGCAGCCACGCAGUCUACCAGAUAUGACCGGGGACCUGUGGUCACAAUCGCCGGUGUCAUGCAUUUUCUUUACACAUCGGAAACAUCGUGCGAGGAUUAUAUAUUCCGCCUUGAUCUCGAGAGUGAGAAAUGGGUGGCGACGCUCAAAGGCCCAACAAGUGACGAGUUACAAAUGGAUGUGUUGAUAAAAUAUCUUCUCCGGUUCAAUAAUGACACCCUCUGCUUGGUUCAGUGGGAGAAACGCUUGACCAACAAUGUGUGCUCGAACAUAUGGCUCCUAACUGAUCACGCUAAAGGCACCUGGGUAAAGGCGUACACGGUAUCGACAGAUUCAAUCACCGGUCUGCUAAUACCUUUGAGGAUGAUGCGUGAUAGUCCAAAGAUGCUUUUGUAUGGCUUCAUCGGCGCUACAAGUGUAUGA